AUAAAAUACAGUAUUCCUUUGAGAGAAGCGGCGAAGAAGAGCAGUCAACCAUGGCGUCUGAUAGGCUUCUCUCCACGAGAGAGGCCGACAUUCAGCUCAUGCUGGGAUCUGAGGUUCAUCUCGGAACCAAAAAUUGCGAUUUCCAGAUGGAGCGCUACGUCUUUAAGCGCCGCAAAGAUGGAAUUUACAUCAUUAAUAUUGGGAGAACCUGGGAAAAGCUUAUGAUGGCUGCUCGGGUUAUUGUUGCUAUCGAGAACCCACAGGACAUUAUCGUGCAGUCUGCCAGGCCGUAUGGACAGAGAGCUGUUUUGAAGUUUGCCCAGUACACUGGUGCUCAGGCAAUUGCAGGGCGUCACACGCCAGGAACCUUCACUAAUCAGCUUCAGACGUCGUUCAGUGAGCCGAGGCUGCUCAUUCUUACUGAUCCAAGGACCGAUCAUCAGCCUAUUAAGGAAGCUGCUCUGUACAAUAUCCCCACCAUUGCCUUCUGUGAUACGGAUUCUCCAAUGCGCUAUGUUGAUAUUGGCAUUCCAGCUAAUAACAAAGGGAAGCACAGCAUUGGCUGCCUGUUCUGGCUUUUGGCUAGGAUGGUGCUGCAGAUGCGUGGUGUGAUUGCUCCCGGACACAAAUGGGAAAUCAUGGUCGAUCUAUUCUUUUAUAGGGAGCCUGAAGAGGCUAAAGAAGAAGAGCAAGAGGAAGUUGCUGCUCUACCUGAUUAUGCCGAUUAUACCGCAGCUGCUGGUGCUGAUUGGUCCAGCGCCCAAAUUCCUGAUGCCCAGUGGGCUCCUGAUGUUUCUGGUGCCAUUGCAGGUGCUGCAGUCGGCGGUGAUGGAUGGGAUUCUGCAGCUGCUCCGGCAACAGAAGCAGUUCCCGUUGUUGAUGUAGUCCCCAUUGCUGCAGCUGGCUGGGAAUAGGCGCUAUGUUUUUCACUUUGGCAGAAUCCCUUUUUCAUUUAUUUUAAAAUUUUAUACGAUUGGUUUUUGUUGGUUCCAACGUCCAAGUAUUUUUAGCAAAUUAGGUGUAAAGACUUAUGGGUUCCAUGUCUUCAUGGUGCUUCAUAUGAAAUGAGUUUUUUCUUUUUGAGGAUA